AAAUGAGGUAUUCUUAAUGGAAUAAUUAGUGAGGAAAAUAAAUAAGAAUAGCAAUUAGUCUUUAGUGUAAUAGAGGAGGGAUAUUUUGAUCAAUUACUCAAAAGAGUACUAAGAAAAACCCAAGAACCCUAACAUCCAAUAUCAUUGAAGGAUGCUUAAGCCAUCGUGAAUACUGUUUAUCGAUCAUCAGAUUUAUAGUCUAUAAAAGAUUUAGGAUUUAAAGAUUUUGUUGAAUACUUAUAAUCUAUUAGGGAUGUUUAUCUGGAGUAUAGAAAAUUUCAAAAAAAAGUAUAAUCAUCAGAUAUUCCUGAUGAUUUAGAUGAAAUGGUUUUAGGUUGUUAUGAUACAGUACCUGCAUAUUUUUUUGAUCAACCAUUUAGAUUUAACUAUCAAUUAUUUGCAUAAGGCAAAGAUAAAAUUAAUUAGUAUUUAGAAGAGAUUAAAGAUCAUUUAGAUGAUGUUGAGAUUACUUUAUUCUUUUAAAUCAAUUCUCGCUUUGAUAAAUUUCUAAGUGUAGUAUUAAAUUUAAAUGAAAUGAAUUAAAUAAUUGACUAGAACAUUAAAAAAGUUAAAAGAAUACGUGAAAUUUAUAGUACAACAAGAGAACACAUGGUUAAAAAAAGUACAGAAAUUACUCGAAAGAAAUAAGUAUUAAUUAUAUUGAGUUUAGACUAUUGAAAAAGUUGAAAAUAUUUUGUUCAUUCUUAAACGAGUUUAGUCAAUUUAAAAGAGUUUUACAACAUUAUCAGAAUUAAUAAAUACUAAGAAAUAUUCCUAAGCUGUUUAAUUAUUAAAAGUAAGUGAAUAGACAUAUUAAUCAAUCAAAUCUAUUACAAGUUUAAAGUUCAUACCUUUAAAGUUAGAAUAAUUACAAAAAAAUUUAUAUACUACAAUAUUAAAUCAUCUUUUAUCAAUUAUGCUUACUUAAAUGACAUCCUUAUUAACACCAAAUAAAUAACUUAUAAAUUAAUUAACACAUUAAUUAAAUGAUCAUGAUGAUUCAGUUCUUGCAAAUUCAUAUGUAAAUGAUAGUUGGUUAGAAUAAUAACAAUAAUCAAUUAUUUCCUCUAAUAAACAAUCAGAUGAUAGUUUUAUUAAAACUCUUUUAUCUUCUUCUGGUAUAAUUGAUAUGGGUGAUAAAAUUUUUAAAUAAAAAGUGAUGGAAGAAUUACAAGGAUAUUAUUAAGAAUUUUUAAUUGCAAUUAAAAACUUUUUUAAUUAAGAGGAUUCUCAAUAAUAAAUGAAAUUCGAUGAGUAAUCUAUCAUGGAGUAAAUAUCUUAAUUUAUGGAGGAAUAACCAUUAAAUAUCUUUAUAAAAAUAGUUUAAUUUUUUUCAGAGAAUUUAAAAAAGACAAUUAAUCUCUAAAUUGCACUUGCUUAAUCAAUUGCUAAAAAUGUAUUGGAUUAACCAAAACAUAUGGAAAUAAUUGAAGAACAUUUUUCUAUUCCUGUAGCUAUGUUAAAAUUUGCUAAUGAAAAAGUAGCCUUAUUAUUAUCAUCAAAAAGAAUUGCAUCUGAAUCUUCAGUUAAAGAUUUUAUAGAUUUACUUUAAGUUUAUAAAUUUUGGGAUUAAUUUUACUAAUAGGAAAUGUCUAGAAUGAAUGAAGAUUUAUAAAUAAAUGACAAAAUAAUGUAAAAAAUUAGAGGAUAAUAUUAGAAAUGUUCGAUAAAUUAAUUAAUAUAUAUGAGAAAUACUUAAGAAAAGUAAUAUCUCUAAAAUUUUCAUAAAGAUAAAAAAAUAUAAUUGAAUAAGUAUUUAGAGAAUGAAAUUUGGUUGGCUUCUGAUGUAUCUUUUGAUAAUUAUGAAAUAAUUUCUUAUUUAUUAGAUUUAGAGGAUUUAAAACAAGUAGAAUAAUUAGAUGAAAGCGUUCUACUAAAUAAUAGUACAAUGGCAGGUAAAAAUCUAUUACCUUCAUAUGUAAAUAAUUCACAUUUUAAAAUAAUAAAAACUGAAAUAAUUAUUUUAAAAGAUAAUUCCAAAUAUAAAGUAACAUAAGCAUUUUUAUUCUUUUUAUAAGCUAUAAGUUAAUAUUUGCAUUUAUUUGAAUCUUAUUCAAUAAUUAAUUAUGAGUAAGUAUAAAAGUUAGUUGAAUUAAUUAAAAGUUAUAAUUCCUUAGCCACAUAAUACAUUUUGGGAGCAGGAGCUGUACAUUUUGGCAAGAUAUCAACAAUUACAGCUAAAAAUUUAGCUAUUUCAUCAAUUUGUUUAAGACUCUUUUUAUAUUUAUUAGAGCCUUUAUCUAAUAAACUGUUUAAGAUAAUCAAGUAAUCAUUAAAUAAUUAAAAAUUAGUUAAUAUUAACAAAAUGAAUUUUCAAAUUUAAAUCAAAUUUAGAAUGAUUUUACAACAAUAAAGGUAGAUUAUGAAAAUCAUAAUGCUGAAGUCAUGGAUAAGUUAACUACUAUAGUACAAGAUAGAUUUUAUAAACAUUUUGAAGAUAUCGCUAAACUUGAUUGGAAUGUGAUCUAUAUAAUUAAUUAUUUAGGAUUCCUAAGCUAAAAUUACUGUUCCUACUAAAAUGACUAAUUAAAUCUGUUAGAAUACUCGAUCCUUAUAUGUAGCUAUUGAAGAUAUUAUUACAAAAUAAGAUCUUUGUAAUGUUUUUGGUCAUAUUGUUACUAUAUUAAAUUCAGAUUUUGUUAAAAUAUUUAGAUAAUUAAAUAUCACUUCUAAGUAAAGAAUAUUGUUUAAUAUUUUUUAAGAAUAGGAUAUACAAGAAUAAAAGAAGAGUUAGAUUAUUUUAUGAAUUCUUUGAAAGAUAUAGGACAAUUACCUUAAUUAUUAGCAAAUUAAUAUUAAAGUUUGGAAUCACAAAUUACUACUGUGAUAGAAAGCAAGUAGUAAUGA